AUAUAACCUCAUAUUUUCUAUGAGAUAAGUAGUUGUUAUUAACCAACGCGUAAAGUGGCAUAAAGUUAUAUAGUAUACCUUUAUAGCGUGUAAUUCAGUACCAUCAUUAAAGAUUUAAUUAACAAAAUAUAAUAAGCUGUUAAAAAUGCCAAAAGUGAUAUCUAAAAGUAUUUCAUGUUCAGACACCAAAGACCAAGAAGAGUAUAGUGAUGAAAAACCAUUGCAUUGCUAUUAUUGCCUGUGUGGACAAAUGACUCUUAUAUUAGAUUGUACAACAGAGAAAUUGCCAUUACGAAAGAGGGAUGGAGCCAGGGUUUUGGAUGGUCAAGCACAUGCCCACAAAAUGAUUUGUGAAACUGAUGAAGUAGUCCAUUUGAAAAGGCCCGAAGGUAUUGAAAGACAACAUAGACUCAAAUGCAAAAAAUGUUCAUUGCUACUAUAUUACAAACAUGAUCCUCAAAGUCUUGUAAGUUUUAUUGUCAAUGGUUCUGUAACUAACUCAGCAAAUGAAGGACCUGCCACAGAUAUUUAUAAUCAGGUAACAAUUGAGAAACCAAAGAAAAUUAUGGUUACAAAACAUACCAAGAAUAUGGGCAAAUUCAGUUCAGUGACAGUGUCAACCAUUGAUGAAGAGGAGGAUGAAAUUGAGGCGAGGGAAGUUGCAGACAGUUAUGCAAAUAAUGCACGAAUUAUUGAAAAGCAAUUGGAGAGGAAGGGUAUGAACAAGAGGAAGCAGGAGCAACAAGCAAAUGAAUUAAAAAAGGUCCGAGGAACUCUUAUUGACAAAUGAACAUUCACUUUAUUUUGUAAAUAUA